GACUAGACAUCCCAUACAGAAAUCUCCGAGUAUACUGAUCUAGAAUCAUGUCCAUCCUAUCCAUGUAUUGUUAUUCAUUAUUAUGUCAAAGGCUAAACAGAUCCUGAAUCGGUACUCAUACUAUAUGAGACGUUUUAUAAGUACAGGCCUUGAUAGACUUCCUAUGAAAAUGGUUCCGGACUGGCUUGAUGAUUGACAGAUCAAACAAACCACUGUCAGGAUCACUCACCUUUAAGGAACAACUUCUCUGUUAAGACUGGGCAUUCAUUGUGUGUUUUUUCAUGUCAGAUUAUUAUGGUUACAUAAUUUUUUGCAAAAUAGAGUAGUUUCAAAGUAUGUAAAACAAUUAAAAAAAACUUGUUUUUAAGAAAUUCGAGAGAUGUUGUUUCAAAUUAAAUAAUGAAUCUUGGGCUCCCUCUAUGGGAUUUUUAUUGAACUACAGUUCAUGAAUUGUACUGUACUUUUAGUAUUGUCAUAAUCCCGGGCCUAAUUUGAAAUGCGCUGUCUUUUGUGUAGCAUCAUACUUUUCCCUGGAGAAAUGACUUACCUCAUUCACUUUUGUGUGUUUAGCGUGGUAGCACAACUAUUUUGGGAGGGAGGCACCUCUCAUUGGUUGACUAGAUCGAAGGAUCAAAAAUCCAUCUAUGUCAGCCCUCCCUAUCAUUGUGAAGCAGAAUUCACCAAGCGUUGGAUUGUUCACCCACUAAUAGGGAACGUGAGCUGGGUUUAGACUGUCGUGAGACAGGUUAGUUUUACCCUACUGAUGAUGUGUUGUUGCAAUAGUUGUUGUUGAUGUGUUGUUGCAAUUCCAUCUCUACCUAAUCCCUGUUGUUGGUGUUUUCCAGGACUCCCUUGCCUGGUUCCAGAUCUGUUUGUGCUAUAAUGUGAAUUCCUUGUCACUCAUUAUCAUGCCACACAUGCGCAUGUUUGGCGUGACAAUGAAACAGACUGGCACCCAGGCUAAGGACUCCCUGGAUAGCAGUGGCAAUUGCUAGUGAGUGGAUUACCUAGGUUAAAUAGAUAAAUGAAUGGUGUAGUGGCCAGCUAGACCUUCCCUGGCUGCACAGAGCACCAAUAUGCCCCCCCAUUACCGUAUGCAAACCGGCUGCUCCGUCAACCUCAAUUAGCCUAAUCUGCCCUGGACCCCCCUUAAGCUUUGGAGAGUGGCGAGUGGGGACCACCGGUUACCCAUGAACAGGUGGUCAGGAGUUUUUUUUCUUUGAUGUUAUUCUUCUUAAUUAUCUAAUCUCUACCUCCAUUUGUUUCUGUUUCUCUCUCUCUCUAUCUCUUUCUCACAAACCCCGACGCUGACUCUUCUCUCGCUCUCCUCAGUUAUCUCCUUUCCUUGCAAUCUCUUACCCUCUCAACCAAAAUAUCAACUGCUCCCUUCUCUUUCCUUCUCAAGCUUCUCCCCACCUACCCCCCUUUCUCACCCCUCUCUCUUUCUCUAGGCUCUCUUCCUCCCCCCACUCCUAAAGAGGCAGACCUCUAUGUUUCUCUCAUUUGUUGACGGGCUUGGUGUGAUGAACGGCUGGUGAAUUCCCUAGAUUUAAUGCGCCCUCUCUGAGACUGGUGUCACGCAUUAGACGACGGUAGGGUUGUCAACUUGUCCUUGGUCCUGGGGGAGUCCAUUCCUCCCUGCUCUCCUCUCCUUCACUAGAGACCAGCUCGAGUGAAACUUCAGAACAAGUGAAACUUCAGGAGCUGUACAGACUCACCUACUCUUGCCGAGGAUCUCAGCUCAUCCUGAGGCCAUGGGAGUCACCCACGGAAAGAAAAGUGAACACCACCACCAAAUCUCUCCCACAAGAAGUAGAACACCUCUGAAGGGAACAGCCUCAGCCCACACUGGCCUGCUGUCGGACCAGGAUGGAGAGCAGGGUCAACGUGCAGAGGACCAAGAGCAGGGGAAGUCGGGUGGAUCACCACCUCAGCCAGAGAGUCAGGAGGAGGGCAGAGACCUUAUCAUCCAGCCCAAGAAGCGCCUCAACCUGGUCAGAGUCUCCAAGAGCCACCAGGAGCUCCACAGGGAGUUAAGGAUGACACACAAGAGAGGUCCCUGUCUGGAUGUGAAGCCGGAGCUCCAGCGUGUUCUGGAACAGAGGAACUGGGAACAGGGGAUGAAACAGAGGAGAGAGGCAGAGGAGGAGAAGAAGAACAGGUCUCCUCUCCAACAGGAACUGCUCAAGAGGCACCAGAGGCUGGAGGAGCUGGAGAGGGAGCUAAAGGCACAGCAGGAGGGCCUGCAGAGUUCCCCAGAGUUCAUCAGAGUUAAAGAGAGCCUGAGACGCACCACCAUACUGGAUCUGGGAGAGAAGGUAGUUUAAAAGGACUGACGGGAAGAUGCGUAACGUAUGGCUAGAGUGGCGUUGGGGUUGUUUUAGCAUCUACAUGAGGUAAGGAUAGGAUGGUGUGGAUAAAUGAUUACAUGGAGGUGAAGGAAGACUGACAUUGAGCUAUUUGAUUGGGUUGACAGUUGGUGGGAUAGUGUGAUUGGCAUAGUUCAGCUAGAUAGUUCAGGACAACAGUGAUCCAUUAGUAGCUUAGACCCAGAUCUGUUUGUGCUGUCUUGCCAACUCCUACAGUUAUUGAAAUGGAAAAACAUCAUAGGAGUUGGCUGUACAGUACAAUCAGAUCUAGGACCAAGUUAGGGCAUUAGCUAUUAGCAUGGGAGUGCAGAUGGAUGCACGCAUGGUGCAGAUUGGUACCUGAACAUGUCAUCGGCCACACGUCUUCUACGGAAGAGCCUACUGCAUGAAGGUAACCACCCCUUGUCCAAUUGGCCUUUUGAAGAACAUCUUUAUUUGUUCCAAUUAGGGAUCGACUCCCUGCUAGCCUGGUCCCAGGUCUGUUUGUUGUCUUGCCAACUCCAAUAUUAUCUUCCAUGACAACAACCAUAGGAUCUGGCUAUACAGCACAAACAGAUCUGGGACAAGGCUGGCCCCUCCCAUCCUCUGAGAGACUUGACGUUAGGUUAGUCAUUUGUCUCUCAUGCCAACCACCUCUGACACAGAGCACCCCUUUAACCAGGGAUCUUACGUUACGUACAAUGAGUGAACGUAACGUUUUUCAUUUCAUGCCUAUAAAGUGUUCACAUUGAUUGUAUUCGUGGAAUAUUUUUAUUUAUUUUUUAUUUUACCUUUAUUUAACUAGGCAAGUCAGUUAAGAACAAAUUCUUAUUUUCAAUGACGGCCUAGGAACA